ACGUUUCUUGCACUGGGUGGUUUUAUUUAGUUGCACUUUAUUGGAGUAUUUCUGUCAGGACCUGUUUGUUACAUAGAGAAAUUAUUCAGUGAGAGAUGCAAGGUGUGCAAACCCUGCUGAGUGACUGCGAGCCGUGCACAUUGCAGAUCUGGAAAGAGUGAAGUUGGAGGGUGAGCUGCUGAGAGGAACAGGUGGAGGACUGGCAUCAGCAACUUUAACAGUUCAACAUAUUUGCUUUUCAGAAGUGCCCAGACACUCGAAUGCAUUUAUCACUGGAUACCAUGAGCAUGGUGGACGACAGCUGCCUCUCACCCAGCAACUUCCACGAAAUGGGGAAAGGUGGGGGCAUCGCUAUGGGGGGCCACGUCCACAGCAUUGAUGUCAUUUUAGGUUUCAGUAAAGACCAGGACCCCAUGGUCAGCCCUGGUGGGGCCCCAACACUACAUAAAGUGGACUUAGGUGGCCUGGCAGAGCCUGGGAAGCAGCAGGAGCCCUCGUCACAUCCGACCUACAGUGGGCACCUUUCCUCUCUGAGGAAUGGCAGCCCGGAGCAGCAGUACCACGAUACUGAUCUAUUCACAAACAAGUGUGAUGAAGAACUGAGUGAGCUGAGGAAGAGUGUAGAGAGUGAUGAAGGCAAAUCCCCGGAGCCAUGCAAGGACAAUCAGCCCAAGAAGAAGCACAGACGCAACCGCACCACCUUCACCACCUACCAGCUGCAUGAACUGGAGCGUGCCUUUGAGAAAUCCCACUACCCAGACGUGUACAGCCGUGAGGAGCUCGCCAUGAAGGUGAACCUCCCGGAGGUCCGAGUUCAGGUCUGGUUCCAGAACCGCAGAGCUAAAUGGCGUCGUCAGGAAAAAAUGGACGCCAGCACUAUGAAGCUCCACGACUCGCCCAUGCUGUCCUUCAACCGCUCAGCACCAGUUCACACCAGCAUGGGUCCAAUAACCAACUCCCUCCCCUUGGAUCCGUGGCUGUCCUCUCCCCUGUCCAGCACUACACCAGUCCACAGCAUCCCGGGCUUCAUGGGUCCAACUCAAGGUCUCCAGCCCAGCUAUCCCAGCCACGGCUUCCUUAACUCCACUCCUCAUCCUCAUCCUCACACUCAUCCUCAUCCGUCCAUGAGCCAGGGGUUACAGAGUAUGGCUCCUCCUCCCUACCAGUGUUCGGCACCAUACCCUGAUAAAUACCCUCUGGAGGACGUGGACCAGCGCAGUUCUAGUAUUGCUGCACUGAGAAUGAAAGCCAAGGAACACAUCCAAUAUAUGGACAAGACCUGGCAGCCCAUGUGACUAACAAACCUCUCAGUCCAUGUGAAUGACGUUGGGAAAGGGAGAUGUUGAAGUUGUUUGGGAGGUUCAGGGUAACAGAUACUGAGUAUCUUUGGAGUUUUUUUAAACUUUAUUUUUAUUUUUUUUCCUCAUCUCAAGGACAUGUGAACUACAGUCUUGCUAAUUCUUAAACCACUAAUUACCAGGCAUUUGCUUUCCCUCCAAUCUCCCUCCAAAGUGUUUAGUGUUGCCUUGGCUGCUGUAAAAGCAAACGUCUUCUUGGGGACUGCAAGGCACUUGCACCCCAGAAACAAGGACAUUUCUUUUGCUUAUCAACCACUUUUUAUAACAAACCAUCUUUGCUUUCUUUUCUGGAGAUGACUUUUUGUCCCUUCUGACAGUUCGGGUCAGAAAACAGCUAACAGAAAAUUAAGGCAUGCUAACAUGAAAUUACUUAAAUAUGUGGAUAAUUGUUAUCACUUCUGCCAACCAUUUAAAAUUUAAAACAUUCACCACAUUUUCUCACUAGUUUUAUAUUUUUACUAACUAAUCCAAAUGUCGCAUUUUCACGAGUCACCGAAUCAGAGUCUCAGAGUACUUUGUGAAGUCCAGUCUCAGUUUAAUGUGAGAGCAGCUAUGUGAAGACAAUGUCUCAGAAUGUGACUGUAAAUGUUGGUUUACAAAAAGCUGUGUAACUGGGUUUCAGCUAAUCUCUCAAUUAUAGCAUGAUUUAUAUUGCUACUUACUGGCUAACCAGUUUAGAUAUUUGAGCCUGUAGCUUAGACACCCUAGUAUGACUGGAGAAAGAUGUCAGAUGAGAACCAGUGAUGCCUACUAUCAGGUUCUCAGUAUACAGGGAGAGGAGAAUCUUGUUUAUGGGGUCACAAACUGUAAAGUAGAUAAUUGUGUAAUGGGAAAGAGAAGGCACCUUCUAAGUGAACCAGGGCUGAGAAUAUACCAAAAAAAAUUCUGCACAAUUGUAAUCUUUUUUUUCUGAUUUGUGCUGAGAUGCUUUAAAGGAAAGGUAGUAUGGAAAUAUAAAAGACGAGUGAGCAGAGUAACCCUCUUUUUGCUUGAGUGGCUGUUAGAGGAGAAAACCUGUUGGCAGCUCAGUGUUGGGUGGCUGCAUGUACGUGCAGGGCAGCAGAAAGAGCCCUGUGUGAUGCGUCACCCCACAUAGUUUAGUCUUUGUUCGGCACAAUUGAUCCAAGUGUAUCCUCUUUGUCUGAAAUUGAAGGGGUGGGGGGAGCGGUCUCAGGCUGCACUAAAUAGGCCCUUGUAACCGGUUUGUCAUGGAAGUUUUUUUUCCUUUCUCAAUCAAAGGAGGAAAAAAAACAUGGAUUGUAGCUGAUCAUUAGUGACACAAUAUUGGUCUUUUACCAUCUGUUAUAGAGUCAAGCUCUAAUUGUCUUAAAGGUAGAGAUGAUCAAACCUAACCACGAUGUGUUUCAGCACAUUGAGCAGUAGAUUUAUGUCCAGUAUUAAGAUAUUUUAGCAACAGGCUCUACAGGCAGCAUCUCACACAACUGAAUAUGUUUAGCAGUAUAUGAUAAUCCCUUUUUUGACUUUGUUAUGGAACAAGAGGGAGAGAAAAUCCCUCACCUUAAAGUGCAAUUUCAGACUCCUUGUUCAUUUUUUAAAAUAUUUUUUUUUUUAAAAAGGAGGCUCAUUUUUAACCCAUAACUGUUCAUUGUAUAGUUGCAAUAUUUCACUUUAAUAUGAUUUGAAGGUUGUGCUGACAAGUCAAGCAUUCACAGCAGCAGCAACAAUAUUAAGUAAUGCUUGUUCGUUUUAAAAUCCAUCGUUGUACUGUGCAGAGAGGGAAAACACAGAGUUACAUCUGCUGCUCGUAAUUUGUCCUCAUGUAGUUUUUUUAAAUGUUGUUGAUUAGUGAUGUUUAGACUCCCUAUUGGAUGAUGCCAGGACCUCACACACCAUAGAGGAAAUGAGGAUUACCUUCCACAUUAAGAGUUUCUUUAGAUUGGUAAAUAAAUGUCAUUUUGGACCAAGAACAAGCCAAAGGUUAGAUAAUGGACAAAAAUGCACUAGGAAUUUGAAGUUUUAGCUUUUUAUGUGAAAAUGUACAGGAUA